UUUAUACUUUUCUUGCUCUUUCUCCGCUACUACUUUGCGCAUAAGUUUUUUGUUUUUAUUAAAAAAAUUUGCAAACACCCUAAUUCACCCCCCUUUUAGGGUGUAAACCGAUUUUCAAUUGGUAUCAGAGCAGGAAGUUUGAUCCUUUCACACUUAUCUUUUAUCUCUUUUUACGACACAUGGAUUCAAUGAACUCCCAAAGCAUUACCAAGCCACCAUUCUUCAAUGGGGAUAACUAUGGCUAUUGGAAAAUGCGAAUGGAGAAUUUCAUUCAAUCUAUUGACUAUGAUUUAUGGAUAGUCACUACUCAUGGUCCGUUUGUUCUUAUGACAACUGUAGGUGAACACCAAGUUCCUACUCCAAUGGACAAACUCACCACCGAAGACAAGAAAAAACUCUCCUUGAAUGCCAAAGCAUUGAACAUAUUGUUUUGUGCCUUGGGACAAGAUGAGUUUGCUAGGGUGAGCUCUUGCAAAUCCGCAAAGGAAGCAUGGAAGCUCCUAGAAGCCACCCAUGAAGGAGAUAAAGACACAAAAGCUACCAAGAUAGCUUUAGGAACAUCCGAGUAUGAAAACUUCAAGAUGAAGGCCGGAGAAUCCGUUCAAGAUAUGAACAAGCGAUUUAACCUCAUUGUCAACAAUUUGAGUAAGCUAAAUAAAGUUUAUCCCACUAGUGAGAUUAACGCCAAGAUUAUAUUCUCUCUUCCUAGAGAGUGGCAUAGUCUUGUUGUAAAUUUGUUGCCCAAAUGUGCGGAUGUUGAAACCUCCACCAUUUGGAGGAGCCUAUGCUCUCACGAGCUUCUUUUGAAGAAAAUGAAGGAAGAAGAACAGGUUCCUAUCAUCAAGAAGACCAUGGCACUCAAAAUUGAUAACCAUCCAGAAAGCGAAGGAGAAAGUGAUGAGGAGCUUGCCAUGUUCAAGAGAUACAAGAAGUUUAUGAAAUGGAACAAGGGCGAAUCCUCAAAAAGAUUUCCAUCAAAGAAAGGUAAACCUAAUCAAAUAACUUGCUAUGAAUGUGGAAAUGUAGGUCAUAUCAAACCGGAGUGCCCAAAUCUAAAAAAGAAGGAAGAGCUUAAAAAGGGGAAGAAAAAGGCAUUAAAAGUCACUUGGGACGAUUUAAACUCCGACGAAAGUGAUAGUGACCAAAGCCAAGAAGAGAACGCAAAUACUUGCUUCAUGGCCUCCAAUGAUGAAGAAGAGGCUUACGCCGACCCACAUAUCAUUGAGGGGAGAACCCUUAAACAAGAUGACAUCCCGGUUCCCGUUCUUGAACUAAUUCAAGAACAAGGUUGGAGUUUCUUUCUUCAACUCCAAGCCCCCGUUUACCCGGACCUCGUUCAUCAAUUCUAUUCUUCUAUGAAAUACUAUCCCGAAGACCCUUCCAUUACUGCCGUAGUUGUUGUAAAAACCUUCGGAUUCAACACCCAAAACCUUUCCGAAUGGUUUCACCUAGAGCGUCAAGGAGUCUCCACCUAUUGCAAAAAGGGGUGGAUUACCGACUCAGGAGACUUUAACUCUGAUUCUUGCCUCCGAGUGCUAAACAACAUUGCCCUUAACCAUGUCUUUGAGGACCCGAACUACUUCCUUCGUAGGCCAAAUGUCCAAGACUUACCCGCAAAUAGGUUCAUCCUUCUCAAAAUCCUCAAAGAAAAUGUCAUCCCGGUCCUUAACAAAGAUAAACAAGUUGGGGUUUAUGAAUGCACUCUUCUAUAUUGGCUCCUAACUCACAAGAAAAUCAAUCUCCCUUCCAUCAUCCUAAAACACAUGUACGAAUGCUCCGGUCGCCAAAACAAACCCUAUGGCAUGCUUCUUACCCACAUCUUUGCCAAGAGGGAAAUUCUUGAGGUGCGCCCUUCUCGUGUCCGCUAUCUUGAUGCGGAGUGCCUUGGCUAUUGUGGCCUUGUGAAGAUUGGAGAAGAGUACUACAUGAAGAAGGAGUUUCAAAAUCUUGAUGAAGCUACACGAGCAGCGUAUGGCCCUCGACGAUCCUUGCCCUCUGUGCCAUCUACUUCACGAGCACCCCGGGCCGAAGCCGCAGAAAAUGCCAAUACAGAUGUCCCCGUUCGUGCUCCUAGGGUCAAACGCUCAAAGUCGGCGUCUCAUGCUUCUUCGGCCUCUCUAUUGCACCGUCACUCUCAAAUGGCUUCCACUUCCAAAAACCCCUUCAAGAAGUUCAAGAAAUUCAUCCUCAAGACCGUAGUGGCUCCGAUGAAGAAAAUUCAAGAAAGCCUUGAUGACCUCUCGGAUCGGAUGAAGAAGAUGGAGGACUGUGAGAAUCGCCAAAAGCAAAAUGAGGAUCGUGCUUCUAGACGUCGUCGCUAAGUAUUGAGCAUUUGACAAAAUGAUCAAACAUUCACUUAUCUAUGUUUAAAAAAAAAUUUAUUAUGUAUUUUGUUUUAUGUUUCAACCUCCUAUCAUGUCUCAUGUUUAAAACUCGUACUUAUGCACUUUUAUGAUUGUUAACCCCUUUAUGAUUAUGCUUAUGAUCCACUUGAAUGCCUAUAAUUGUUGCCAAAAUGAAUGUCAUUGUGUUGA